AUGGCAGCUGCGGCAGCAAAGGCAGCUGCAGCUACACCUCCUGCCGAAAAUAGUUUGGUUUGUCAGAAAUGCCUGGAACCAACUCUGCUGAAGGACAGUAUUGCAAAUGGCAGAAACUGUCUGCGCAGAAAUUGUUUGGACUGCGUCAGCACCGACAAGUGGCUGUGCCGAUGCUUGAAGAAACCAAAGUCUACAGAGACUGAGUCCGAAGCUGCCAAGGAACGCAGAAACAAAGCAGAAGCCUUAAAAGCUUCCUUGAGCAAGAUGAGCCCCACUGAAAAAGCUCAGUGGUACUGCAAGCAGAAGGAAGAGAGGCGUCGCCAAGAGAAAGGCACGAAGAGAACUUUCUCCACUGGUGUGGGCUUUGUGCAGGAGGAGCUGACCACUUCCUUGGGGACAGCCGACAAGGAUAUUUUUGAGACUUGUGAAGAUUGGUGUGCGCGACAGCUGAUGCUUCAAAAGUAUUCUUCUUUGGAACAAGCCGAGCAAGCAUUCCGUCAGGAGUGUUCAAAGCCUGGGGCCAAGACGAUGCAGAAAAGAGGGCAAACACUUCUUGGGCGCUUUGUUGGUGUGGAGGUGGACAUGACUCACAGACACGGCCUGACACAAGGCGUCCGACAGAGAGCUGACUUACAUAACCAGGAAGACUUGGAAGCCUUCCAAGCUGAAUCCAAAGAUCGUAUGGACAAGGGGCAGUGGAGGCUAGAGUCCGAUAGGCAGGCCUGUCUUGAAAACACGUUGAAGGCACCCACUGAACUUCUGAAUGUUCAAGGUGACAUUGAGAAGUUCCAGCAGCAAGAGGCUGAGCUGGAGCAAGCUUGGAUGGAGCAGCUGGAGACUGAGGCAAAAGCAAAGCCCAGUGCGCCGAAGGCGGCAAUGCCUAAGUCUGCAGGUGUUGAGGCGAUGGGCUAUCAGGCAGCCAUUUCGCGAACCAUCCAAAGCAUGCAGGACAUUCUGACAAGACAGCAGGCUUUGCUGCUGGGGGCCCAAGAAGAAACAAACCUUCUGGAUACCCAGCUUCUGCGCAACGAGGGAGCUGCCAAGCAGAAGGAGUGUGAGGACUUGAUCCCCGAACUUCAGGUCUCUAUCGAGGACAUGGAAAAGAAGUGGAGCGAAGAUAAGAAGAAACAUGAAGCCUCAGGUGAUGCUGACAAACUACAUGAGGGCAUUGCACAGGUGGCCAAGGAUUUCAAAGAGUGGUCGACCAAGCAUGAUGCUUUGCACCGCUUCAAGAAUUUGGUCAAAGACUUCAAGGCCUGGCUAGCAAAAAGCAAAGCUGCAGCCAAGAAGACUGAGAAAGCCAAUGCACAAGCCAAAGCCGCUCUGCAGAGCUCAAAUGUGGGCCAUGCCUCCUCCUGGAGCGACUUGGCAUUGUGCAGGCAGAGUUUGCAGGAUGUGACUGACUUGACUGCCGAAAACCGAUUUCAAGACAAGGGUCUGGCUUGGAACUUUGCCCGGGACCUCAUGGAGAAAGAAGAUACCCAGACAAUUGCCCCCGUGGUUUUCAGCAGUGCACAAGGGCAGCCUUUUGCCGAGGAGAUGAAAGCCCACUACUUCAGGUUCCAGAAGCUCUGGGUGGGCGAGCAAAUGAAAAGGGCCAAUGCAUGUUGGCUUUCUGGCUUGGUCACUAAAAAUACGGUGGCCAGAAAGUUGCUUGCAACUUGGAGCAAGCUGCUGGGGGCAGAGUGCGAGAAGUUUUCAUCAAAGCUUCCAGCAGAUCUGGCUGAACAGUUCCAGCCCCAGUUUUUCCAGCAAAAAGAGAAGAGCUGCAGUGUGCAUCUCCACGCAGACUUUGGUUUGCCAGAUGUGCGUCUUUGUUUGGAAGGGAAUUUUUUCUACAUGGGCUUUCCUUUGAGCAAGCUGCAGGGGACUGAUCUGAGCACACAGCGAGAAGAUCUCACGAGGCAGAGCUGGCAGUCUUUCCAAAGGCUGUGCACAUGGUCCUGCAAGACAGGCCCUGGCAAAGUGAUUGCCAUUCCUGGUGACCAUGUGUUUUGCAGCUUUGCCUUGGAGGAGUCCCAUGGAGCAAGGAUCCACGCACUCUGUGGCAACCAUGUGGCCCGAACGAUUCAAAUGACGCAAUCACUUUUGAAGGACAACCCUCUUUUGUCUUCUAUGAAGACUGGCAGGCUGAGCAAAGCUCUGGAGACUUCGAUGGCCAAGCCAAAAAAACCAUUGGCUGCAGAUGGUGAUUCGGCAAAUUCUGCACCGCCUGCGAAGAAGACAAAGACAGAGAAAAAGAAGGAAAACCCUUGA